AUGCGUCUCCCACCCAUUCUCCGCAUCGCCAAUGGCACCUUCUACCGCCACCAUCCAAACGCAACAACGCAUCUGAACCCUCCGCUCUUCGCCGAUCUCACUUUUGACAUCGAGGCAGAUACCCAGAACCAAAAGCACUGGUGCAUCGUCGGUCCAUCUCUGUCAGGAAAAACGACUUUUCUUCACCUCCUGCGCGGUUCUCAUCUCGCCAUCCCGCCGACCUCGCGCUCGUAUCCUUACCUCGCAACCGGCCCCCUGCCUCCAUGGCUCCGUGGCUCUCACCGUGCGAUCCGCUACGUCGGCUUCGACGACAGCCCCUCCGGCCCCGCGACGAGCGCCUACAUCGCCGCCCGCUACGAGUCCCGCCGCGAAGACACCGACUGGUCCCUGCGGCAGUUUCUCCUUGGCGAGACCUCCUUCAACGAGGCUAAGCGUGACGAUGCGCCCACCGCGGAACGACUCGAUCAAGUCGCCGAUGACCUGCGCCUGGGCCCGCUUCUCGACCUGCCUGUUGCGUUCUUGAGCAAUGGCCAGGGCCGCCGCGCGAGGAUAGCGAGGGCCCUGCUUACGAGGCCGGAGGUGCUGUUGCUCGACGAGCCGUUCAUGGGCCUCGAUCCUACUACCGUUGCUGGACUGAGCCCGAUGCUCAAGGGCAUGGCUGAGCGCGGCGCGCCGAGGGUUGUGCUGAGCGGAAGGCCGCAGGACCCUAUCCCCGAUUGGAUCACACAUCUUGUCUAUCUCAGGAGUGACUGUCAGGUGGGCUCUAUGGGCGAAAAGGACGUUGUGCUCGCUGGGCUGAGGGGCUACGUCCGGGGCGUCUGGAACGGCGGCAUCGUCGAGGACGACAAGCUGCCCGUCAAAGCACUGUGGGAGAUGGGCAGAACCUUGACCGCAGAGGGUGCACAGGGUGAUGGUCUGGGAUCUGGACUCACUGCCGACGAGGAAGUCAAUACCGAAGUGUCAGCUGACGCAGCGGCGCCGCCAAGCACCGGUGAGCCCCUCGUGGAGAUGAACGGCUGCCAGGUCCGCUACGGCGACAAGAUCGCCCUCGGCAACUGGAGUCAAUCGACACCCGCUGGUCCCAAGGACGGCCUCAUCUGGACCGUGCGUCGAGGCGAGCGCUGGGGCGUCUUUGGUCCCAACGGCUCCGGCAAGACGACCAUUGUUGCGUUGCUCUGCUCGGAUCACCCGCAGACGCGCGCAUCGGCCACUCCAGUCCCGAGGUGCACCAACACAUGCCGCGCAACCUGA